ACCCCCUGCUGGCUGCUAUGCAGUCUGCACUGCAGAUUAAAGGGUUGAAAUUCAUAUAUAUAUACAUAUAUAUAUAUAUAUAUAUGUAUGUAUGUAUAGCUACUAUCGCACACGCUGCCCAGUCCGCACAACUUGCUACUUUCUUGAAAUUAUUUGUUGUUAAGGAUGAGUAAAAAGGGCGGUUAUUACUGCGCCUUCAAGAAUUGCCGAGGUUUGUCCCGACGCGACAAGAGGAGUUUCUUUCGUUUUCCGAAAGAUCCUCAAAGAUCCAAACAGUGGGUAGUAGCCUGCGAUCGCAAUGAUCUCCUUGAAAAAACACCAAUUGAGCUGUUCAACAGCUAUAGAGUUUGUGCCAAACACUUUACUGAUACAAUGUUCCUCAAUGAUUUGAGAAAUAGACUGCAACCUAAUUCUGUCCCAAUGCAACUGGAUCCACCCGAUGACUCUGAUGACUCGUUAGAUGUUGAUAAGAAGAAAGAUGAGACUGCCAACUCCCAAGAUCCCGUAGAAAAUAUUUUAAGUAACUGUAUAUUGCAAAAAAUAUCUGCAGAUGAAUUUUUUAAAGCUACUGGGAUACGCAUAAAUGAGCCUGUAUCUGCAAUUAAAGCCACCCAAGAAUAUUUACAAAAUUCAAGUCCAUCCGAUCAUGUGUAUUCAAGUACAAGAGUUAAUGAUUUUAUAAAUAUUGAUGGCAGUACUUUAGCAAUUGAUAUUGAUGACAAUGAACAACUAAACUCAGUUGAAGCCUUCAAUUAUCAAGAUUUAAUAAAUUUAUUGCCUUUUAACAAUACAUCUAAUACUGAUUCAUCUUCUUUGGAAACAGGUGAUUUGCCUUUUUUGAUUCCAGAUAAGGGUGUAAGAGUUGAAAGAAUACCACAGACUAUUUUAGAUGGACAAGACAUUAUUACAUCACCAUCACCACUGAACAGUAUGUCGGAUACUUUUGAAACCUUAGCUGUAAUGACACAAACAGAUAAUAUUUACCAAGGUAAUUUAGAAGAUGCUACGCAAACUAAAUUAUUCUUAGUAGAUGAGAAAUUAGAUAAAACUAGUCAAACUGAAAGCAUUAUUAUAGAUAAGUUAGAAGAAAGUACUCAAACUAGUACUAGCUUUUUUGAUGAUAAUAAAGCAGUAGACACAAAAUUGGAACAAUCUAGUCAAACUGAAUCGUGUUUGCUAAAGGAUAAAACAAGUAAAAAGAAAUUCAAAAAGCUUUUAAAAAAUAAAAGAAAUGAGAUAUUAGAAUUAAAAGAUAAAGUCCAACAAAAUUUUGUUAGUAUUAUGGAUAAUAUUACUCUAGAGCAAUACGAGCUAUUAACUGAAAAAUUUUUUCCAAAAGAAACAUCUGAUUUUAUAAAAAUUCAAGCUCAGCUGUUUAAGAAAAAGAACAACAAUCGAAAAUACUCACUCGAAUUCAAAAAGCAAUGCUUAUCAUUAUUUUUAACUGGUCCAAGAACUUACAAAAAUUUGCAAAAAAUUUUUUGCCUUCCAGCAGUACGUGACUUGCAAACACUGAAAUACUGAAACCACAGAAAUAUAGCUCAUUAAUAGAAA